AUGAUCGAAUUAGCACCACAAAUCUAUCAGUUUUUCUUUCAAAAUGAAACUGAUUUAACACGAGUUCUUCAGAGUUCACCAUGGCUGUUCCAUAAUGAAUGGUUACUACUUUCUAGAUGGAUCAGAAAUUUCAACGUUAACACACCAGCCUUCAAUAGUGUAGAACUCAAAUUACAACUCUGGAACCUGCUAGAACAUUGCAAAACCACCACACUAGGAACCAAAAUUGCUGAACGCCUUGGUAAAGUGAAGGAGUGUAAAAUGUUUACGGCAAAACCAGGUCGAAGUAGUUUCUUGAAAGCCACAAUACGUAUGGACAUAUUGAAACCAAUCAAAAGUGGGGUAUUCAUGGGAAAUAAGAUUAACGGUCGUACUUGGAUUAAGUUCUGCUAUGAACGGCUGCCCACUUUUUGCUACUAUUGUGGUCUAAUUGGUCAUAAUGAAAAUAAUUGUGCCCAGGCAGAUCUUAAGGAUCCAAAUCAACCCGACAAAAAGGAGUUUGGACCAUGGAUACGAGCUAAUACAAUUGGAUCUAUAGUGGAACAUCGGGAAACAGAAGAAGAUUUUCAAGGAGAUGGGCGUUUUGAUCAAAAAAUAGGUAGGGCUGAUGUUUUAGAAGGAUUUGCAAAGCUAUUUGUGAAAGAUACUAGGGAUUCUGCUCUAUCAGGACAAGUAGACACCAUAAGGGGAUGA